AUACGACUUGAGCUGUCAGCUGAAAUAAUUAUUGUUUCUUUGUGUUUAUUACGCCUUAAAAAUGUUAUGAUUAUUACGUUUAAGCGAAUAUGGGUGCAAAAGAUUCAAAACCUAGUUUUAUAUCUUACGAAGAUGCUACAAAGAGGGGUACGCAAAGUGAUGUGUGUUAUUGUUCUGCGAAGAAUUGUGAUUUUAUUACAUAGUUUUGUUUGCAGUGAGCGACAGUGAACUACGGCGUAUUCGUGAAGCAUUCAAAAGAUGUGCCGGUACUAAUGGUACAGCCUUGAGUCUUGAAGCAUUUGUCCAUGAAGUGCUGUGUGAUGGAGUUCCGUUCGAGGUAGCAGAAUGGCUGUAUCAGGCUUGUGGUGGCACGAAGCGAGGAAUCGCAUUUAAGGAUCUUUUGUGUGGCAUCGUCGUUCUGACCAAAGGAAACAUUGAAGAGAAAAUCAAGUUCCUAUGGACGCUCUAUGUAAACAAUCAAAGUGAAAAUGGCACCUACAUAUAUAAGCGCGACUUUGCCCGUGCUUUGCAGUUGGAGAAUACAUCCCUGUCAGUUGCUGGAGAACAAAGAACAGCAGACAUCUUGACUAGCUUAUUUGGUCACAGUGAAAGAGUCACCUUUGAGCAGUUCCGAUCCUGGCUACUCAUACAUAAAGAUGCAACUGUUCUGUCAAAAUGGCUAUUAUCAGAUCGGGGCAGUAUAUCCCAUGACUUGGAGACUCCGACCUUCUACCAGAGCCUGGCUGGUGUAACUCAUUUGGAGGAAAGGGUAAGUUGUUGUUGCCAUUUUAUGAAAAGAAUCAUUAAAAUUGAUUUAGCUGUAUCUGAGAAAUCAGUAAACAUACUAAAACAAUAGGUGUUAAAUACAGACCAUGUCGUUUUUUAUCAACAUAUUUAAUAGAUUUCUUAAUGCAUAAGACUUAUUUAGAAGGGACACACUUGGUCUAUUUAUACCGGUUACUUAAAGCUCAAAGUUGUUGACAAAUAUGAUUACCUGGGACAAAUAGUCAGACUAGGUAAGUCCAACUUUGACCGAGAGGUCAUUCGACGGAUUUAACUUGUCUGGGCAGCAUUCGGGUGAUUAUGAUACAUCUUCUCGUCAGAGAUACCUUAAAACCUCAAAACUAGAUUGUACAACCAGUGCGUUUUGCCAGUUAUGACCUAUGGAUCUGAGACAUGGUCCUUCAACGCUGGCCGUAUAAGGAAGAUCAAAGUUGCUCAGCGAGCUAUAGAGAGGGCUAUGCUCGUUUCUCUGCGUGAUAGACUUAAAAACGAGGAUAUCCACAGUAGAACCAGAGUAACCGACGUAGCCCAAAGAAUUAGUACGCUAAAGUGGCAAUGGGCCGGCCAUAUAGCUCGAAGUACUGACAAUCGAUGGGGAAGAAAGGUUCUCGAGUGGCAGCCUCGUACCGGCAGGCGAAGUGUAGGGCGUUCCCCCACUAGAUGGAGUGACGACCUGGUAAGACAUGCAGGAAGUCAAUGGAUGCAGGUGGCUCGGGAUCGUGCUUUGUGGCAUUCCUUGGGGGAGGCCUAUGUCAAUUUAACGAUAAAUGGACAAUCUCCAUUAUAACAUGGACCACUAGUAAAAAGAGAUUCAGUCUCUUACUGGUCGUCACUUUAUCUCGAUUACUGAUUCCCCGAGAAUAGUGAUCUGAAGUGGCAAUUGGUCUGCCAUAUAGCACCAAGAACUGACAACUGAUUGUGAAGAAAGGUUCUCGAGUGGUACCCUCGUAUCUGUAAUGUAAAUCUAUCUUGUAGGGCAGACCUCAACUAGAUGCAGUGAUGCAACACAAUAGAAUUAAGUACUUUUUAAUCAAUAUUGAAAUGGAUGAUAACAUAGUACUUAGUGAGUCAUUUAUGUUUUUACGACUAGUUCGAAAAAAUGUUUUAGACAGUUUUUUUUCAAAAAUAUAUUAAAAUAAAUAAUGUUGGUUAUCUCAAUGAAUUACAACCCCGUGUCUUCGUUUACGAUAAUCUCCGAAAACGCUCAUACAACUUUAAUGAAAUUUUCUAAAUGUGUAUAAAUGUGCUUGCUCUAACUUGCGAGAUAGGAUAGUUUUUGUCUGGAUAAGUGACCCUCGUUAUUUAUAUUGAGAAUUUUAUGAUUUUUAUAGGACAAAAGGUCGUCGCAAAGGGCAGUACAACGUUUGUCUGGCUAACAGUAAAAGUAUAUAAGUAUAUGUUUUACUGUUAGCCAGACUUUCGUAGUAUAUUAUUAUUGAUAAACGUAUUAUAUUAUUGAUUAACAAAUACAAAUAAAUGAAUUACUAGAGUUUGAAUGAGAGGGAGAUGGAUAUUAUUCCAUAUCGCUUCCUUAUAGCCGUCAAGGCUGUCUAACUACGUCAGAAGAGGUAGUGACGGAAAAAUCUUACACUUUUUCUCACCUAGGUACCAUCCGCCAAAUUCGUACCGUUCAAUAAAGAACUUCGUUCCAAUAAUAUUGGGAGGAUCUAUUGAGAUAUAUUUAUAUCUCAAAGAGAUAAAAAGCCCCGUAUCAUGAUGUUCGUUCACGCUAAUCUUCGAAAACGUUUAACCGAUUUUAAUGAUAUUUUCUAAAUGUGUAUUGCUUGCUAGAUAGGAUAGUUAUUAUCUCGAUAAGUGACCCUCAAUAUUUACAUAGAGAAUUUAAGGAUUUUUUAUAAGACAAAGGGUCGUCGCAAAGGGCAGAACAACGUCUGCCUGGCUACUAGUGUAUAAUAAAAUAUAGGUAUUCAGUAAACAAUACUCAUUCUAAAAAAAGUGACAGUAUAGACAAUCAUGGGUUUCAAAUCUGAAACAAUAGCAGAGGCAAGAACCCACGUCCUUCAUUAAAACUUGAGUAAUACGCAUCGCUAUAAAAGGAAUAUCAUAAUGGUGCACAAAAUGAAAAUAAUGUCACACAUUUGUAACUAGGGUUGCCAACAAUUUUUUGGCUGAUCAUAUAGUAUUUUAAAAGAUAUAGUACACUUAACAAAUAUAGUAUUUAAUGGCAAAAGUAAAUAAUAGAUGUUGAAUAAUAAGAGUAAUGAAUAGAGUUGUUGCAAAAUAAGGAUUGGUCCAUCCGACUAAAGUAUUGUAUUUUUGAGUACAAUAUAUUUCUUCAAUAGUAUAUAGUACGCAAACCCGAAAUACAGUACAAACUUUAUUUAAAUAAUUCUACUGUACACGUGUUUGUCACUGAACUCCUAAACGACUAGACAGAUUUUGAUGAAUUUUUUGUGUGUGUUUAAAUGGGUCUCUGGAUGGUUUUGAUUCAUAAAUGGACCUGGUAGGUGGCGCUGUUAUCGAGAUCCAGAAAUCAACAGUACGAAGCCGGGGCGGAUCGCUAGUUAUAUUAUAUUGCAACAUAAGAAAUGUGUCAAUGAGAGAGACGUUUAAAACACAUACUAUACUCUCGUCGGGGCUACACUACAGCUCCCACCGACAAAACAAUAAAUAACCCUUCCUUGGCAGUGGGGUAAAAAUAAUCUAUUUUUUUUCGAUGCUUAAAAUUAUUCUAAACGUAUUCAAUGAAUUGGUUGCCAACCGUAUAAUACAUUACAAUAUAAUAUAUGUCGAAAAAGAAUAUAAUAAAUAUAUAAAGAAUAUAUGUUGCAACCACUGGUUAGGGAAAAUAAUACGGCCAAACUAAUGUGGGAAAUGCCUGUUCAAACAGAUAUUACAAUAACGCACAAUAGGCCAGAUAUGAUUUAUAUAAAUAAAAUUGAAAAUAAAACAUCGAUUUUACCGUACCAUCCGAUUACAAUAUAGGAGCGAAUUAUAGAGAAACAGUAAAUACCAUGCACUAAGAACUGAAAUAAACCGGCUUUGGAAAACACUAACGUUUAUUAAUACGGGCCUCAAUUCUCGACAAAUAAUUUAAAAUUAAAAAUUUUGUACAGCCGACUUCAAUAUAAGAGACUUCAAUAUAGGUUAUUUAAGAAUAACUCAAUAACCAUUGGUCUGACCUUGAUCAAAUUCAUAUGGGAGAACUAUCAGCUUUCAUAUAAAAAAAGAAUCAUCGAAAUCGAUUCGCCCAGAACAAAGUUAUGAGAUAACACAC